UGCUGUAAAGUCAAAGUAGUAAAAGGUCGUAUGGUGGUUGUAGACGGUUAUGUGGCCAUUAUAAUUCACGAUGCCUCGAAUGACUAUGACGAAGCUUGGUAAAGAUAUUUCAAAAAGAUUCGUCAGCCUCUAUAAUCGAAGAAAACGAGCAGCAUAGGUUAAUUGCAUAAUUAUUCAUUUUAGUUUGAUAUUCUUCGAAGAGUCUAAAGAUACUUCUAUGCCGCCAUUUGUCUUGAAAGUGCUUUCUAUUUUAGCAGAUAUGAAGAUUGAUAUAAGUACGAUAUGAUAAUAUGAAGCUCUCAGAAACCUUUCAGGAACAUUGUCGUAAUACAAUCUACUUCCUAUUGUGCACUAUAGGUCAAUCUCAAAUUCCUGCUGCUGCUAAGAAAUCAGGUAUAUCACAGCCAAUGCUGGAAAGGAACCCAAAAAAAAAAAAAAUAACAAUUUAAUUAAUGCAAAAACUGUACGGGGAAAAAGAUCUGCAGGUUACAUUUACAGUGAAAGAGGGCUCCGCCAGUGUCAUUUUCCCAGAAGAUACUAUGCCGGAUAUGCUUAAUAAAAUUAAGGAACUAAAAGCAGAAGCAGAAAAGAGGGAUUUAACUUCAACAAAAGAUAAUUCACAUGAGUGGACCAAAGUUUACAAGAGUUAUGUCGCUAAUAAAGACAAAAAAGGCAACAUCGUGAGGUCAAACUCAACACCUACAAUAGCAGGAGAUAAGAGCGCUUUACGAUACGUCAUGCCUAUUGAAAGAUCAGAAACCUUAGCCAAAAUCAAUCUGAAACGAACCAGAACAGUUGCAGCUCCCAAAUCACCUAAAAUUACAUUUGAAGCAGCCAAAGAUCAUUGGAUUAAUGCGCAACUGAUGAAGAGAGAAAACGACUUUGUCGAUUGGCAAAAGACAUAUGCAUUUGUUGGUACCUGGAAUGUUCAUGGAAGCCUGCCCACAUCUUCUCUGAAGGAUUGGUUACAAAAUACAUUAAAGACUGACGACGGAAAAGCUGUUGACCCUGAUUUCUAUAUUAUUGGGCUCGAGGAAAUGGAAACUAAUACAGAGGCCUACAUCCGUUAUGAUCCAACAAAAGAAAAUGCAUGGGUAAAGGCUAUAAUUGAAUCACUUAAAGAUGGGGGCAAUGAUUAUUAUAGGGUAGAAUCAAAACAACUGGUUACUAUGCUAUUGAUCGUUAUUGCAAAAAAAAAACAUCAACCACACAUUUCUGAAGUAUCAACAGCAUAUGCUGGUGUUGGCUUGAUGGGCAUGAUGGGCAAUAAAGGUGGUAUUGCUGUUCGCUUACGUUAUCAUGACAGCUAUAUGUGCUUUGUCACAAGUCAUUUAGCAGCUUUUACUGAUAAAACAGAGAAGAGAAAUCAAGACUUUACAGAACUUUCGAAACGACUUAUAUUUCCGCAUAAAUUAGAUCCACUUCUCCAAUAUGUUUCUUAUUUUUGGAAUGAUGGAGGUGAUGAAGGCGUCACUUUUGUUGAAUCGAACAAUGUAAUAAAGGACUGGUCAACAGAAGCUUCCCUAUAUCAUAAUGACUUUUUAAUCUGGUGCGGUGAUCUAAACUAUAGAAUCAACCUGCCAGAGGGUGUGGUUAAGCAUUGGUUAAGACAAGACAGAUUAGAUGUGCUAUUGAAUUACGAUCAGUUAUCGAUUGAGCGUAGUGCAGGUCGAACGUUCCCCAUGUUUGAGGAGGGACAAAUUCAAUUUCCUCCAACCUAUAAAUACGAUGCUGGAACAAAUCAAUACGAUACAAGUGAGAAGCGUCGUGCACCAUCGUGGACAGAUCGUAUUUUAUGGAAGAAGGAAAGAAAUGAUUCACCUAAACAAAGCCUACGCCUGUUGAGUUACACACAUUGUAUGAAUAUGAUGAUGAGCGACCACAAACCUGUUCGCGCUCUUAUGGAGCUUAAUGUUAGAAAAAUUAACAGUCAACGUCAGCGAGAAACCCGCGAUACACUCGUGAAGCAACUUAAGGAUAAUCCUGACAUUCAACCACGUGGACAAAUUUCAUCCUCUUAUGUCGAUUUUGGCAAAGUUCACUUUAUCGAAUAUAAGGAAAAAAUCAUCACUUUGGAGAAUACAGGACAGGUUCUCACCGUUUUCAAAUUCUUACCCAAAAAUGGCAGUAAAGGCAUUUUACCGCCUUGGCUCCUAGUGGCACCCUUGUCAGGUGUUGUAGCUCCGGGUGAAAAGGUUGUUAUACGUUUCGAAGUAACUGUAGACCCUACUAUUUCUGCCCCUCUCAAUCGUGGUGAACAAAAGCUGGAUGAUAUUCUGAUUUUGAGGUUAGAAAAUAGUAAAGAUUUCUUCAUUUGCGUAUCCGGUGAAUACGUGCCUACAUGCUUUGGUGUACCCUUAGAACAAUUAUCAGAAAUGGCCGUACCUAUUAGUGAAGAAGCGGCGAAAAACCUUCAAGGAGUAGCUUCCAGAAAGAGCAGCAGUAGUGCAGACUCCUCUUUGGCAGGCUCCCAACCCAUUCUUAAUCAAAUAGAUUUACCAAAGGAGUUGUGGAAAGUGUUAAAUUUCCUAUGGAACCCAAAUAUGUUCCAAAUCGAAUCGCUUUUCUUGGAACAUGGGGAUCUUAAUGUGUCCACCUAUAUUAGAGAAUGUUUGGAUAACGGAGAGCAGUUUGAUACUAAUGUUCUCCUCGGCAAUCAGCAAUUGAUAAGUGCUGAUACAACUACAGAUAAAACCGAAAGUGAAAUGCAUGAGGUUAAGAGCUCAUUAUCAGGGUUAACCUUGGCUGAUGAGCAUAAUACUGAUGGCAAGAUUACAUAUGACGAAGAUGAUGAUGAUAACGAGGAAGUCAGAUGCGACCUUUCAAAAGAAGCAAUUAGUGCCAAUUCCAUGAUUGAUGUAUUAGUAGCAUUCUUAGAAUGUUUACCUGAGCCUGUCGUCACUACGACGAAUUAUGCACGUGCUUUAGAAGCUGGUGAUUCCCUAGAAAUAUUCAACACUAUCAAAGACUCUCUUCCUCCUUUCCAUCGCAAUGUUUUAUUGUACAUUGGUAUGUUUUUGAGCCAGGCCAUUGAAAAGGCACCAGCAUCGGUUAGAAAAGCAAGAGAAAAUAAGAUCGUCGAAACCUUCACUGUCCUUCUACGCCCUCCCAUUGAUUUCAAAGAACACAAUCCUGUGGUUGCGAAAGAAAAGAGAGAAAAUUUCGUGCGUCAACUUUUAAAAUCUGUCAAGUCUUAAUAAUUAUCCACAGUAUAGAACCUGCUUCUGUUCUGUAUUGUUUAGAUACUUUAUACAUACCACACUUAUUUACAUUUUAUAAUGGUUACUCCAGACUUUAUUGUUCAGUGCUUAUCUUAUUCUUUUAAAUUGUAGACUAAACCUAAAUACACAUAAACCUUUUUGCAUUAAACGUUCGUCAUAUUCACAAAC